UGCAAACCAGACUUUGGCAAGAAAUCACUCUGAAACCACACGAAUAUUGUGUUGGAUCAUGACUGGACCAAAAUUCUUGGAAUCGCGGACCAAACACAUUAAGGCCACAUGGGGCAGUCGCUGUGACAUUAUGCUGUACAUGAGCUCAGUCAAUUCUGACUUCCCCACUGUGGGGCUGAAUGUGAGCGAAGGAAGAGAAAACUUAUACUGGAAGACAAUUAAAGCCUUUCAGUACAUCUACAAGCAUCAUCUGGAUGAAGCAGACUGGUUCCUGAAAGCUGACGAUGACACAUUCCUUGUUGUAGAAAAUUUACGUCACAUGUUGACAAAAUAUGAUACAGAGAAGCCUUUGUACCUGGGCCGAAGGUUUCACCCCUACAUCAAACAAGGCUACAUGGCUGGAGGUUCAGGUUAUGUCCUCAGCAAGGAAGCACUAAGAAGAUUUAUACAAGGAUUUGAAAAUGGGAACUGCACGCAUUUCUCGAGUAUUGAAGACUUGGCCCUGGGGAAAUGUAUGGAAACUAUGAAGGUGGAGUCAGUUGACACCAGGGACAUGAAAGAAAGACAGACUUUUCACCCUUAUCCCCCAGAGUACUAUAUUGUCAUGGUGCCUCCACGGCCACGGCCCUGGUAUCUGCUUUAUGAGUACUACAAGCCAGUGGAGGGUCCAGGAUGCUGCUCAGAUUUCUUAGUGUCCUUUCACUACAUUCACAGUGUUCAAUUUUAUGUUUUGGAGUACCUGACCUACCACCUGCGCCCAUAUGGGUACAAAUACAGAUUUAAUCCUGAUGAACAGUCUGUCAUUAAAGCCACAACUCAGCACAGAUGAAAUGUGGGCACAGCAUCCUCUGCGCCAACACGUGGAGGCUGGAAAAGAAGGCAUUGUCUUAUCAGGGCUCAUAGUCACAUUAGAAUUAUUCAAAUAUAUAAAGGACAGCAUAAAUACAGACAGACUGAAUCCUGGAUCUCAACAAGUCAGCGUCCUCCUUCAGAGCCGUCUAUCGAGAAGACUCAGCCCUACAAACAACUGUACAAUCUAUUACACAACAGUGUGAGAAGGGGAGGACCAUCCAGACUUUCCCUCAUUGAGGAAGGACGACAAAUUAAACACAUUCACAAAUUCAAAGGUCCAACAAAACCUCAUGAUCAUGACUAAAG